AACGGCGAAAGUAGCUGGAUGAGAAAAUGUAGUAUUAUAUGUUAACCUAGUGCAUUUACGAACUAUUUUAUUUCAUAAGGAUAAGUAGCGAGUGUCAGUUUUGCCUUUACCCGGGAAGAAAAAUGUCACUGAGUGCAACGUGUGAUUUGGUAUCGCAGAAAAGGACUGUCUCGAGCCUUUUGGCUGGUCGUGUGUUAAAGAAGGCAAAGCAUGGAGACGUUGAGCAGCUGCAGGAAGCAGCGAUCCAGCUGUUGGAGCAGCAGCAGAACCUCUGCACUCUGCUCAGGGAGGUUGGGAAUGCAAAUCCAUAUAAUAUUUUCUCCUCUGAGAAUGAAAAAAAGAACCAGACACCACAUCGGGGCAUUCCAGCAGCCAUUGCAGGUUCACUUGUGUUGUGUGAGCUGAGGCGUCAGGCUGUGCAGCUCGGUGUCCCAGUGCCAGUGCUGUCGGUCAAGAUCGUGUUGGAGAGACUGAUGGAGAUCACUGCAGCUGAGGAAGAGGACGAUAAAGAGGAGAGAGAGCUGCUUACCUCCUCUCAAAGAGUCCAGCUGCGUGUCCUGUUGGAGUCUGUCCGAGACCUCCUUUCCCAUGGAGCUCUGUGCCCAAAGCUGCUAUGGCAAGAAUACAGGAAGGCUCAGAGACUCCCAAAGCUGGAGGUGGUGUUCCAUCUUCAUUCCUACAACAUACUCGCCCUCAAGUACAUCUUGGAAAGUGAUGAAGGGGUGAGGUCAUGGUUGGUGCCUCAGCUGAAGGCGUUGUGCUGCUGGACUCCUGCACAUGAUGGAGAAGAGGCCAGACAAGUUCAACACAGGGUGCUGUCAACUGUAGUUGGAGUGUUGGUGGGAAUCGGCUUUGAGCAGAACCACGAUCCACCAGCCCCAGAGCGGAGGAUGUCCCUGCUCUGCUCCUCAGUGCUGGACGACAUGCUUUUAUGGCUUCUGGAUAUCGUGGAAAAAGAUGCAACACCAACGUCUACUGGAGCAGGAGCGCAGCUAUGGAUUGGGCUGUUUGAUGCUUCAUUGUGUGGAGUUUCAGUGUCUGCAGAAGGCCUUCAGCGAUUCUUCACACACUCCCUCACACAGACUCUUACCUACAAGCCUCGACUCACAGCGUCAGAUGCCAUCACUCUGCAGAACGAAUGGACGUUUGCUAAAUCCAGCCAGUUGCUGACCUGUCUUUUCCGUCAGCUGGCUGUGAUCUUUGACAUGGAGCAGCUUCUGCGUCACCUGCAGCAGGUUUUAGAAAUCCAUGAGGUCAACUGGAAACAUGUCCUCUGCUUCCUGUCCACCCUGCUAAUUUACAAUCCCUGCUCUCAGGCCAGCCUCAGAGAGCUGCUGUCAAAAAUGCUGAGUUCUGCAUUUGAAAGCUUCGACCUGGAAACCGUGAUAACUGCAUUCCUGUUGGCUCGCCAGGGGGCGCUGGAGGGAGCCGCCAUCUUCCCCUCCUACAGUGACUGGUUCAAGAUGUCUUUCGGAGGUUCCAGUGGCCACCACACAGCCAGUAAGAGGUCUCUGGUGUUCCUGCUGAAGUUCCUGUCUGACCUGGUGCCCUUCGAACCCUCACAGUACCUCAAGGUUCACAUCCUCCAUCCUCCAUAUGUUCCUGUGAAACACCGCAGUCUCCUCAUGAAUUAUGUUUCCUUGGCCAAGACCAGGCUGGACGACCUCAAGGAGCCGGUGGAGGACAUGGGUCUGUAUGAAGACGUGUCCGUUUCAGGAGGGUCAGCACAGGCUCAGUGUCAGGGUGUCCAGGAUGUGGAGAAGGCAGUGUCUCUGUUUGAGAACACAGGAAGGAUCUCCGCCACAGUGAUGGAGGCCAGUAUAUUCCGCAGGCCUUAUUUCCUCACUCGCUUCCUCCCUGCUCUGCUUAAACCAAGAGUGCUUCCUGUGAAACCAGAUGCUAGGAUGAGUUUCAUAGAAGCUCUGAAAAAAGCAGAUAAAAUCCCUGCUGCACAGUAUUCGUCUUAUGUUGAGUCCUGUCAGAGACAGAGGCAGCAGGAUGACAGUCCAGUGUGUGUAGAGACUCAUGAUGAUCCUGAGGAGGUCCUGAGAAUCCAGCUGCAGGAGUUCAGGGAGCUGGUUGUUGAUGAAAAGGAGGGAGAGAUGUCAGCCCGACUGUCCAGGAUCUCACACACACUGACCGUUGUAUUCCCUGGUGAUCCCGAUGAGCUGAUUGGUCAGACAGUCGUCAAACUCCACACAGACCAACUGCUGUCUCCUGUACUCCAUGUCAGAGUCAUCAAUACCAUCCUGAGAAACUUCUGCCAGUGCCUGUUAGAUGCUUCCAGGGUAAACCCUCCUAAUAAACAAAGCCCGUGGGCCUCCAGGUUUGUGAGUGCGCUGCUUGGUAACACACAGCUGCUCUCCAGCCUUUUGCACAGACUCUGGGACCUGUUUCAUCAUCAGGGGCCGUUGCUAAGUCCUGCCCACUCACUAGGUCUGGCAGUGUUUCUGGUCCACCUCCACGCCUCCCUCCCCAACAGUCCUCUGGUUCAGCUGGUCCCCCCCGUCCUGCCCAAACCAGUACCUAUCGUAGAGGCUCUGAGUUCAAUGCUGGUCUGUGACACACACACUAACAUGCUCUUCUGCAUCAGGUUGUGUGUGGCGGCAGUGUGUUACGGGAUCUGCAGAGGGCAAUCAAUGCCUCAGCAGCAGGAAUACAUUCACAGCAGUGUUUACAAGAAGCUCCUAUACCUUAUCCCACGACUGUUGCCUGAAGCUCGAGGGUCCCCCGCUGAUUCUCUUGAGGAUGAGUUUCCAGAGGACAGUGUCUGUUUCCUGUGGUCAAGUUCCACAGACAGCAGCAGCACCUGGAGGAGGACAGCUCUGCAUCUGUGGAGGCAUCCAACCUUUCAACAGCUCCAACACCAACCACAGUAUCAGUUGCCAUUUUCAGAAUGGCUGAGGAAUGAGCUCAGAGUGCAGAGAAGUGAAGAUGCCCUGUCCGACCCUGAGCGGCAGGAAUACCAGCAGUGGGCCUGUUUGGAGUUGUACCUGAGGCGUCCAGCGGAACAGGGAGGCUGUGGAGGAGAUGUGAAGACUCUCUGCUCUCAUCUGCUCAAUGCCAUCAUGGACCAGAACUUAAGUGAUCAAAGUCUGGAACAGCUACAUCACAGAGUGUCAGAUGUAGGAACCUGUCUUCCAGACAUCCUGUCCAGACUACAGGAGUGUGUCUAUGAGAUGAAGGUGACUGAGCUCUCUGGUGGCUUCAGAGGCAGAGCUGAUUUGUGCGACUUCCUGUUCGAGUUCGUGUCUGAAAGGCUCUCUUCCAUAACUGACUCAGGUUCACAGAACAUCAGCGCACAACUCAGUCUGCAACGCACUCUGCACACAUGGAACAGAGUGCUGCUGAGUCUUCCUGCUGUACUGUUCAUUAAAGUAAAGACUGAAGGAGGGAGGACGACUCUGGACUGGACUCACCUGGUUGAACAUGUCAACCAGCAUCAGAGGAGGGUGUGUUCUCCAGCCGGUCUGCUGUCCUGCCAUCUAACAGCACAUUUCCUGAAAGGGCUGUUGUGUGCCAGUGUUCGUUGUGGGCGUCCAGUGGAGGAGUUUAACCGGGCCUGGUGUCAGAUCAGUGUGGGCUGUCCUCUACUCCUGGUCUCCACUGUGCACUGGUGGGAUCAUCUGAACCCACUGCUGUUGUCACUGUGGCGUCGCCUGGGUGAUGACGAGCGUGUGCCGGACCAGCUGCAGCUCCUCAUCGACUGUCAUCUCUGGGCCUCCAGGUUCGUGAGGGGUCAGGUGACUCAGAUGCCGUUAGCUCCACCCCUACAGCUGGCUGCCAGCCUGCAGCGUGCCUUACAAGGCUGUGAGAAAGAAAAGAAGAGCUGCAACUUUGAAAGGCUGCAAACAGAGAGAGAUGGUCAACAGCAGCAGGUGCUGGUUUUUCUCCUCUUCCUGAGUGUAAAUCGGUAUUUGUCAGCCCUGCUGUGUCCUCAGGAAAAACGAAGCCAAACAUGUGAGACUCAGUGUUCAGUCCUGUUGGAUGCGUUGGUGGACUCUGAUGACUGGCUGUUGAUCUUUAAAUCUACCGAGCGAGGUAUUUAUGAUGCGGUUGCUAUGGUGACACCAGAUGAGUUUGCUCGACUGAUGCCUUGGGCUUUCUACAGCCUGUUGUGUGGUCAGAGCUCUGAGCUGCUUCACAGAGCGUCCUCUUGUCCUGGGUUCGUCCACACAGCCGUCCUCUGCUACAUUAGUCUGCUCCAGCUGUUUUUGGAUGGACACACACCUUCACCAGUGACUGAGUCCAGUAAGAAUCAGAUGGCGCCGUCGCAGAUACUGAGCCACAGUAAGAGGUUUGUCCUGAAGACCGUCUCACAGAUGUCCCCUACAGGACUGUCCUCCAGUCAACUCCGUCAGUUGCAGACCCAGUGUGCAGACCUGGACCCAGAGUUGGCAUCAGCGCUCUCGGUUCACCUGGACGUUCACAGCCUCAGCCCAGAGAUGGACUUCCUCUGAACCUUUGACUCCAUCUGCAGCUUCUGACUGUAUCAACCCCAUUUCACUACACACCUUACAUUAUAUUAUAUACAUCAACUCUGUAAGAAAAAGAACUGGCAGUUUAUUUACAAAGUCUUCUGUACAGAGCACACACAGGACUUUACACAUGUACAUCUGAAGCCCUUUAGUCAUUUACAACACAGAGACUCUAGCAUUGGAAUAACUUAAUAAACACAAUGGCCUCAAAACUCAAACUGCAUGUUCAUAUUCAUUCUGCACACAAUAAAUGCUUACGAUAGGUUACAAGAAUAUUGCAUUAUAGCAGGGGUGUCAAACAUGUGGCCCGUGGCCAAAACUGGCCUGCCAAAGGGUCCAAUCUGGCCAAUGGGAUGAAUUAGGAAUCAAGGGUUCAGGUUCCACAGUCUACCCAGAUUGAUCUAAAGUGGGUCAGACCAGUAAAAUGCUAUGAUAAUAACCUAUAAAUAAUGACAAC